UUGGGGGAGGUCCUGCUGGUCCUGCACAGUCAGUCUUGCUAGGCGGCCGAAGGACAUUUUUAAUCAGGGCCGCGAUGGGCCAGGGCAAGAGCAAGGAUGCGACCGACGAGGGCCAACGGAAGCAGCAGGAGUUCGUGGCCGAGGUGAACCGCGUGUCGUUGGAGCGGCAGAUUCAGCUGCAGAACCAGAUGCGCCAGCGAAUCAUGGCCAUGCAGGUGGCCAGGGCCAGGGAGCUCUUCUUUUGGCUCGGCGCCUUCUACGGGGUCGCCACCCUCGGCAUGCUUGCGGGCUUCAGGAGGACCAGGAAGCCGGGGGUCUUGGUGCCCCUGCUGCCCCUAACCUUCGUGGUCGCCUACCACGGGGACAUGGCCUACGGGAACAAACUAUACAGGAUUCGGACGGAGGCUGAGAACAUUAUGCAGUUUGAGGAGGAAAUUUUGGACCUGCCGUGCGGUCUGCCGACGACGUCGUCGCUCGACUUGGCAAGAAUGCAAGACGAGGAGGAGAAGCGUUUCCACCCUCACACGCCUCCCCUGUGACCCCGACAGGAGCUGCUCACCCUCUACUACUAAACGUUGCAUUUUGAGCCGGAGCAUUUUCUGCGUGUCACAAACGAGCACAUUCAACGAAUUUUUACACCGACUGAGUAGUAUUAGUUAUCGUUCCAAAUUGCUUUUACGUCAAUCGGACCUAUCGGCGCAUUCUGCAAUCGGAAUCGUUUAUUUUUCUAUCGUUGAACGAGUAGUUUUAAUUUUAAACGGUUAAAACGAAAGUGUUUUUAAAAUUUUAUUUUUGACCCAAAUUCAAUAAAAGUUUUUGUGUUAGUUAAAUCGUGCUGGCUUGAUAAAUACAUUAGUAUAUAAAUGUAGGUAUAGUUGGGAAAUAAUUAAUGCUCGCCGUUGCAACUGUUACCUAAAUCACCGCCUUUUGCGCAUGUUAAUGUAAGUGUUGUUAAUUUUUUGUAAUAAAAAUGUUAGGUAAACACAAGAAA